UCAAGGCAUUCCCAUGAUUUCCUCUGCUUGUUUGUCUCAAUACAAAGUACUUUUUCUUUUUUCCUAAAGCAAUCAACGUACCAUUCCCUUCUCGUAAGGUGACUGUUGUGUGAGUGGGCCUGGGCCUGAGCGUUGCCUCCUGUUGUAAAUGGCCCAGCCUGUGUGAUAGAGAAAAGGAAGUUCUGAGGGCGCCCCCGGACUUCUGAAGCCAUCCGGAAUAGUAAUGCGCCUGUAGCCCAAACGGAAUAAUCCUGAGCCAAUCACCCCGUUUGCCCACAUUUUGUUCACAUUCCCAAGUUCACACCAACCCAUGAACCACUCAAGUUCACACAGCUCGGACUGGGGACCCGGCGUUCCCAAAUGAGGUCCUCUAACCAACGAGAGACCAGGAAGGCCGGAAACUGCUGUUGCGGUUACGAGUCCCCGGCUCACAGAAGCUCCCGGAAGUGAAGAUAAGCCGCUACAUAUCAUAACCCACAACUCCGAAGAUGGAAAGGGGGUGGGGGGGAACUCCCCAGACUUUUUUACCCGGGUGCUAGCGUAACGGAUCCCUUCCUAAACCCGACCGUUUGUGGUUGGGCGAUUGCAGCUCGAAAACCCCAGACUCAGAUGUGCUCCCCCCUCCGCUAAACAACCUCGAUACACUCCCAACCCGAGUGACACCAAAUGACAACCGACAAAGCCGGGUAAUACCCAAGAAGGUAUUACAGUAUCAUACAAGUACAACAACCCGUGGCUUGGAUUAGGCUCUCACAAAAAAAUCCAGACAUCGCCGCGGGUGUACUGAGCAGGGACCAACGGAAAAUCACCGCUCCACCGCCCACCGACGAUCGCUAUAGAAAAGAAGAGAGAGACAGAGGAACAAAAUGGCGUCAAAAGCACUAAUAUCCUUCUCAAGCCUCCUCCUAAUACACUCGUUCGUGCCCCCCUUCCCCCCCUUCCCCCCCUACCCCCGGCUCUCUUCCUCCCCUUCCAGGCUAACAUCUCCGAAAAAAAAAAAAAAGUUGCUACUCCGCGCACGAACACUCUCUCCUAAUGCCCACCACCACUUCGCUGCCACUGGACGUGGCGAUCGAGACGAUAGUCUCAGUAGUGCUGCUGUGUUUCGGCAUUGUGCUAGGUAAUCGUGAGGAGUUGAAGCCCAUCUCCUGGAGCGUGUGGAGUGGCUUGCUGGAGCGGGAGAAAGGGUGUGGGCAGUUUGGCUAUCUGGAGGAAAGAGUGGGCUUUUUGGAUAUUAGGGUUUGUUUGUUUUUCGCCCUUCUUCAGGGGCUGAGAUCAGGUUGAGGGCGGUUGAUAGGCUAAUGAAUGGUUUGGCUGUGGAAUAGGCUAAGCGGGCCGAGUUCGCCAAAUGGAUUAAGGGUGCGGAGGUGGGUUCUUCCUCUCAAAGAACUUGAUGGAUCGAGUGGAUUGGAUUGGGCUGGGUUAAGAUGGGUGGGUUAAUGAAUUGUUGAGUCGGGACGGGGUGCGAUGGGACAGGAGCGUGGUGUUCAUUCUGUACGAUACGACAGGGCGUUACGGACCUUUCGGAAGGGUCUAAAAUCAAGUUGGUGGAAUCCGGGCACAAGUGUUUGCAAUAGAUAUCACUUCAAUAUCACAAAUAUCCAGACCUUCAAACAACAAUUUGCCCGUUCGGUCGUCUGUGCGAAAAAUAUAUUUGUUUUGUUUUUCGACUAUCUAUCCAGGCUCCGUUUGGAAAUAUGAUAAUGAUCCAGACGACUCCCUAGGCAAAACACCCACCGGCGCUCUACAAUUUCUGCAUAGCAGCGAUCUAUCCCCACUAUCAGCAAUCUAGUAACAUGUGUACCAUAUACGAGGUAUGCAAGGGGCUUACAUCGGUGCUCUGGACGUGGUCCUCGUCACCCUCGAUCUCCUGCUGCAGUUCGUCAAGAGAGACUUUUUCAUCCUCAACAACCAAGUUGAUCUGCAGCUUCUUGAUACCAAAGCCAACGGCGACCAAGGUAGAGGCUCCCCAGACAAGACCAUCUGUAAACCGUUGGUUUAUGCAUACUAAAAAAUUGGGAAUGAUGAAUCUUACCCUUCUCAAUCGCUCUAACAUUCUUCUCCAAUUGGGCCUAUUGAGAAGUUAGUAUGAGCAUGAAAAUCGCUCGAGGAAAAACGUAAAAACGAACCAUAUCGGUAGUAUCAUCCCACGGCUUGACCUCCAUGGUAACAACCGACUUGGCGGCUGAUAUCGGUUAGUAACAAUCUUCCCAGCUAGGGGAGAACAGGCACAUACCGGGCUUAGUCUUGCCAGCCUAUUUCACACAAUUAGCCGGAAAAAAGCAUUCAAGAUCAAAAUAAAAUAAAAUAAAAUAAACUUAUAACACUAACAACUAGGAUAGAUAUGGAAAACCCACCUUCUUAGCAGCAUACUCCUCCAACCUCUUCUUGGUAAGGGCUUCCUUCUCCUCGUCAACCUCCUCAUCCGAAGACCCAAACAAGUCAAUCUCAUCAUCAUCAUCAUCCUCUGCACCGGGAGCGGCAGAAGUGAUGGCUUCAGGGAUGUAGGAAGAGACAUCAGCAGAGGCAUCACCGGGAAGGCUGGAGAAGUCGUUCUGGUAGGAGUCGAUGUGCUUGUACCAUCUUGCGGCGUGGGGGUACUUGUUUGCGUCGGGCGCUACCGAGAGUGCCUUGUAGGUGAUAACGUCGGCUUGGGAUGGAGCGUAACCAACGAUGUAGCUUCUUGUCUCGAGCCUGCCGUUCAGGUCUUUGAUUUUACAAUUCCUGUCAGUCGGUUUCAGACCGAUCACUCGUGGCAUGGUAGGUAGGAGAAAACUAACCGGUCAAACGAGCCUCAGUAAAACCCAUUGUAUGUGAUUUAUUUAUUUAUCAAAGGAUAAA